UGUCAAACAAACCAGUUUGUUUACCAAUAUCUUCAAGUUGAUACCUAUAAUUAUUUAUUUAUUUUACGAAUACAUCUAUUUGUCUACGUUAUAUCAAGAUACUACUAAGAUAAUGAAUGAAUCAGAUAACGUAAAAAUGUUUGUGGGUAUAGCUGGCAAGGGCAAAAAAAGGACACGCAAACGCAAAUCAUUCAAAAAAAACAAUCAAACCAUUCAAGUGCCUGGUGUUUCAUUUCUAAACUUUGAGAAAGCUGAUCCUACUAAUGAUAGCCUCCUUACAAACGCAGGAUCUAAUGAAAUGCAGUGCAAUAACGCUGGGCCUCAAACAAAUGUUGCAAGUACUAGCGGGAUGAUGCGACCUAAUAACAGUAAUAUGAAUGUCCAAAUGAAUGCAAAGAAAAUCAAUACAAAUAACAAUCCUGUAGCAAAUGUGAACGCAAAACCAAAUGAUGUGGUAGCGACACAGAAAAAUGACCAAGGAUCAAUUUAUACUAUACAAGUAGGACGGAGGGGUGACCCAGUGAAAAAAGAAAGAGUUCUUGAAACUUCCAGAAAUAUUCAUACAAUAUUGGAUAAUACGACUAAACCUAAACAGCAAACAGCACCACCACCUCCAGAACUAAUAGAUGAUAUUUAUAGUUCUGUCACACCUAUUCAACCGAGUCAACCAUUACCAAAAGGUAUACCAAUGACAUUUUUAGCUCGUCAACAAAAUUUGGGAGCUAUUACACCACAACAAAGAGUAGAAAAUGAAAUGCCAUCUUAUAUGCCGCAAAUUCCGAAUCAAAAUCCAUACAAUCCAAUGACCAACGUAUAUGACCAAGGUGCACCAUCGAAGCCAUAUGCAUAUGAUCAAAGUGGCCAAAUGUUUGUAAAUGUGAAUGAGACCAAUGCGCCAACGGAGCGAUAUUCACCAACUGAAGCGUAUGAAGCGAAUGAAGAAAUGCGCCUGGCUUCAGAAUCUCCAGAUGUAUUAGAAAACAAACAAAAACGUUUGAGCGCAUUUCAAAGGUUGGGACCACACACGCACCCGAAAAAACCGAAGUUGACUAUAAAUUUAUCUCUCAAUAAGGAUCAGGAUACAAGAGAGGUUAUAGAAACCAUGUCCAUACCAGUGUAUGAGAGAGAGGAAGUUAUAAAUAGUACAGAUGCUACAGUAGUCAAGUUUCGAUCUCAGUGGCCUUGGAAGAAUGUGGUACAUACAAAACGGAGUGUCACAGCUAGGUCUUCUAAGACUGUAAUGAUGAUGGAAAAGGAGCAGAUAGAGGAGGAGUAUAGCAGCAAUGUCAACUUUAUUAUAGUGUCGGUAACAGGAUUCCCCCAAACAUGGACAAAGGAAACUGUAAUCGACACAUUGCUAGAAAACAUAAAAGGAUCCAGUUUCAUUCCAUGUUUUAUAGAGUUCACACAUGAAGAAUGCAAAUUUCUAGUAAACAGAUGUCGCCCGGCAUUACUCGCGUUACACUAUUUAGGUUUUUCCAUACGUAAAGGAGAUGUAGAACUCUUGAUCAAAAUAACUGUGACUAUGUUGAAUACUAAACAAUUGGGAUUCAUACCUAGAUUGGUUUUGAGGAAUAGACUGGAUUUGUGCAUUGAAGGGCAGAAAGCAAAUUUGUCAGAAUUCACUAUGGGUGAUGAUGUAAGCCACUUUAUUUAUUUUCCGCUGAACCGUGUUUCGAAUCAAAGAGAACUAAUGGAACUAUUACAGAAUAACGAUUGGAAUAAUCUUCAAGAAUUGGACCUCUCCUAUAAUCGAUUAACAUCUAUAGAAGGCUUCGAUCUCCUAAAAAACAUGCCUCGACUUAAAUACCUGGAUUUGUCUUUUAACUAUUUUGAAAACAUAAAAGAUUUAAUGCCAUGUCGUGGUUUGAUGUUACGGUCUCUAGUUUUGGAGGGAAACCCACUGUGCCAGAACUAUGUUGACGGAGACUAUUAUAUAAAAGUUGCCAGGACUUUGUUCCCGAGUUUGAGAGAAUUGGACGGCGUGCCGUUAACACUAAAAGGUGACAUGCCCAAGUUCAAGCAGAAUUAUUGUCUAAAAGAUGCGAAACCCAUAGCAGAAAGAUUUCUAGACGUUUUCUUUAGAUUGUUGGACAAAGAUCCUGAAGAAAGAGUGGAGUUGCUGAAUUUGUAUCACAAAAAUGCAGCCCUGAGUAUAACUUGUAAGCGGAAAUUACGUUACGACCAAGAUUACAAAGAUAUACGCAACCUAUUCUUAAGAGUAAGUAUUUUUGAAGAGGAUAAAAUAGACAUUAUCGAGGGACCGGAUAAAAUCGUGAAACUGUACAAGAAGUGGCCCAAAAUACAGCACGACCCGAGGUCAUUUACAUUGGAUGUAUUGCAACAUGAUGAAAACACAACACUUCUAAAAAUUGGGGGUAUUUUGAAAUUAAUAUCUACCUCGUUGGCGGAUGAUGAACAUCUCAUAGCAUUCACUAGAACUGUUCUUUUAGUUAAAAAUAAUGUAGAAUAUAAGAUUGGUCACGAAAUGGUAUAUUGGGAUGAGCCAACUAAGGAAUACGCAAGAUCCGCUUUUAAGAAAGCUUUGGUACAAAACAAAAUUAGUUUAAAUUUUGAUACUCCCAUUGAUGACGAAACCAAAGAGAGUCUUAUAAAUAUUUUCAUGAAAUUAACUGAGUUAGAAUGGAAACCUAGUAAAAGGUGCUUAGAAGAAAAGAAUUGGGAUUUAAAGAAUGCUUUAGAUUACUUCAUGAAACUAUUGAAGCUGGAUAAUAUCGCACUUUUAAAACUAUAAUUAUGAGUAUUUAUCUGUAAAUUAGUCUUAAAACAUUU